AGUAAUGCUUCCUGUAGGAAGGAUGGCAAUUUUGACCUUUUAGAAGCAGGUCACUAUCUGACUGCAAGAUGAAAAUAGAGCAAGACAACCUGCAGUAAUAAUACCAACUCUUUCUCUGCUAGCAUAGUCCAAAGGAAGAUCAUGGCUCAUGGACUGCAGAUAAGAGAUGAAGAAAGUGGCUACAAUAAAAAUCUAUUUUGCAUUCCUAAGCAUUAUGAAGAAGAUUUAGAAACAGUCUUCAUUCCCCAUGGACUCAUCCUGGACAGGACAGAACGUCUGGCUAAAGAUAUCAUGCAAGAUAUGGGAAGCCAUCACAUUGUUGCGCUCUGUGUCCUUAAAGGAGGCUAUAAAUUCUUUGCUGAUUUGCUGGACCAUAUAAAAGCACUAAAUCAAAACGGUGACAGAUCUGUGCCUAUUACUGUGGAUUUUGUUAGAAUAAAAAGCUACAGUAAUGAUUCACCUACAGAAAAAAUCAGUGUUGUUGGAGAGGAACUGUCUACACUAAGAGGGAAGAACGUGUUAGUAGUGGAGGACAUUAUUGAGACUGGAAGAACAAUGAAAGCACUACUUUCCAAACUAAAAGAUAACGAACCAAAGAUGGUAAAAGUUGUAAGCCUGCUCGUUAAAAGGGCACACCGAAGUCCAGGUUACAGACCAGACUAUAUAGGCUUUGAAAUUCCAGAUAAAUUUGUGGUUGGAUAUGCUCUUGAUUAUAAUGAAUACUUCAGAGAUCUAAAUCAUAUCUGCAUUCUGAAAGAGAAAGCCAAAGAGAAAUACAGGACCUGAUAGCAUCAAUCUGCUGGAGCAGCAGUUCAGGGGCACGUACAGCUGGACGAACAAGUAGUAAUCUAGUACUAAUUGUACUCUUCACUGAAGAACUGCAACAUUUUCUAAAGAUAUUCUUCUAUAUAUUCUCCUAUAAUGAUUAUGUAAAGCAGCUUAAAGGUGAAUGAGUCCUGUUCAAGUUUCAGUGAAAUCUGGAGGGAACCCUAGCUGUAAAAUGGGUAUUCUGUCCUGCUGGAGUCUCGGGAGCACAGCCAGGUGUAGGCAACACACAUACAGGUGUAUGUAAUGGUGUCUGGGUUUCAAUUUACUACAUGAAAUAACACAUUUGGUUGUACAUAAACUGCAGUUAUUCUUACAUGUGAGCUUGUGUAAAUACAUACAUGUGUACUUUAUGUAACAAACAAACUGAUUAAGCAGUUAAGGACUUGAGCUUAAUUCAGUAACCUGUACAAAGUGCACACCACAUGGAAAGUGCAUUUGGUUCUUUGGCUUAAUGCAAUGAAAAGUAAACAGUAACGUAACUACACUAAGGCCAGUUCUUACACGUUCCGCGUAACGUGAGUAAUGUGUCUUGUUUCCUGAGGGAAGGGAGUGCAUGCUCUUCAUGUGGUGUUAGUGGAAAUGCAGGUAACACAGAUUAUUGGCUAGC